GAAGGUGCCGAAUACAAAUAUCAUAAACCUCGGUGACGAAACUGCAAUUUGCAUAAGACGUACAACACGGAGAAGCGCGAGGAGAAGUCAUCUGCAAUUCCCGCACUCUACAGAUCUUAACAGUAAUCCUUCGUCUGCAGAUCUCAACCCAGUCGAUCAUCGAUUACGUGAACCCAAAGAAAAUCAGACGACGUCGUAAAUUCAAUCCGAAAAACACAUUUCUGCUGCGUUCCGUACAUGGCGUCAUCCAGCAGGUUGGAAUCUGUCGGAGACGAUGAAGCUGAAGAGGAGGAGGUUGAGCAUUUUGAUGAUUUCACUCUUGCCUCUUCAUGGGAAAGGUUUAUUUCCGAUAUUGAAGCGGUUUGUAGGCAAUGGUUGGCAGACGGUCCGAAAAAUCUGCUGAAAAAGGAUGCAAGGGAGGUUUCGGAGGAUUUAUACAAGGUCAAGUCUGAGUUGAAGUUUUCAGCAAAAACUUAUUGCAUGGAAUACUAUUUUGGAACAAAAUAUGACGGCAAAGUUAUUGAUUGGAAUUCCACAUUGCAUGACUUGCAGUUGUGUUUUGGGGUGAAAGAAUUUUUGGUAAUUGCUCCUCAAAGUGCCAGCGGUGUGGUUCUUGAUGCACCUGAGGCUAGCAAGCUUUUAAGUGCAGUUGCAAUUGCCUUAUCAAAUUGUUCGAGUUUGUGGCCUGCAUUUGUUCCAGUACAUGUUCCUGCUAGGAAAGCUUACAUCGGUAUCCAAAAUAUGGGAACAGUUUUUACAAGAAGAUUUGAGGCUGAUCAUAUUGGUAGCCAGGUUCCGGUAAAACUCAUGCAUUUGGAAGGAUUGUAUGAGUUGUUUGUUUCCAAAUUUGCCUACUCCACAUUGGACUUUUCUACUCACAGUUUCAAAGUCCAUUUCACAAUGAAGCUAACCUACAGAUCCCUUCCCCAUGAUGAUGAGGUUCAAGGAGAUGAUCCAGAUGUUACUGAAUCUGAAAUAGAUCUUGGUGGUGAAACUCACAAUACAACACAAUGGGAUGAUGAUUGUCCAUGGAGUGAGUGGUAUUCUGCCGAAGACCCUGUAAAAGGAUUUGAAUUGGUUGCCAUGUGGUCAGAGAAUUUGGUUGAGAGCUCUAUGGAAAUGGCUGAGCUGGAAAAUUCUUCGCCCCACGAAGCUCAAAAAUGGAUACUAUCUCCAAAUAUGUCUUCAACUUUAACUGAUUCUUCCAAAGGAAACAGAAUUGGAUUUGCUUCUCAACUGUGCCUAUUACUUGACACAUUGAAUAUGUCCUUUGAGGCUCAAUUUAUGGAAGAUUUUGUGUCAGUUGAAAAUCCAGGUUCAGAUAAUUUGAAGUCCUCAAUGGUUAUACCUCCACCUACAGUUAUUGAUCGUAUGCUUAAGGAACUCUUUCAUGAUGGUGCACGAUUCCCAGAUGUUGCUGCUGCGGAGCAUAAGACUUCUCGAGCUAUUAAGGGCGCACCUCUUAAAUCCCUUUUUGCACAGUUUUGUUUGCAUUCUCUAUGGUUUGGAAACUGCAACAUACGUGCUAUUGCUGUUAUUUGGAUAGAGUUUGUUCGUGAAGUUCGGUGGUGUUGGGAAGAGUCACAGCCACUGCCCCUAAUGCCAGCCACUGGUUCAAUUGACCUCUCCACGUGUUUGAUUAAUCAGAAACUUCACAUGCUUGCAACAUGCAUUGAGAUGAAGCGUCAAUUGAAUGAAGACUUUCAAGAUUGUGUUGGAAGCCAGGAGAAUUCAUCUCCUCAGACUGAGGAAGAUAGUCAAGAUGAGUAUUCCUGUAUAAUGCAAACACCUGGUGAAAACUUUGAUGGGAAACAUGACAGCCCUGCAACACCAGAUAAUUUACAACACCCUGAAAAAAGUUUAUCGAGUGGCAGCACUAAGCCGGAAGCUGUGGUAUCUGCAAAUCUGAAAUCUUCAGAUUCUACCAGGAGGGGUUCGGCUGGUGUGGCAGGAUCUAUGAAACUGGAAGAUGUGGUAUCUGCUAAUCUGAAAUCUUCAGAUUCUAUCAGGAGGGGUUCAGCUGGUGUGGCAGGAUCUAUGAUGCUUCUGAAGUCGUAUCAGAGCAUGCAUGCGCCAUACACUCAGGAAUCACCACUUAUGACAGAAGACAUGCACGAAGAACGGCUUCAUGCUGUUGAAGCCUUUGGCAACUCAUUUGACUUUUCUGCUCAGUUGGAGAGAGAGAUCUUAACUUCAGACAUGUCAGCAUUUAAAGCUGCAAAUCCAGAUGCUGUUUUUGAAGAUUUUAUUCGCUGGCAUUCUCCUGGAGAUUGGGAGAGCGAUGACAAAAAAGAUACUGGAUCAUCUAACACUCCGGCAAUAGAGGGUUCAAAGGAUAACUGGCCUCCUCAAGGACGACUUUCAAAGAGAAUGUCUGAGCAUGGAAAUUUAUGGCGAAAGAUUUGGAAUGAUGCACCUGCUUUGCCAGCUUAUGAGCAGAAGCCACUUCUGGAUCCAAAUAGAGAAGGAGAAAAGAUCCUUCAUUACCUGGAAACGUUACGACCGCAUCAGUUGCUCGAGCAAAUGAUUUGUACUGCCUUCAGAGCAUCAGCAGAUACUUUGAACCAGACUAGCUACGGAGGCUUGAAGCAGAUGGAAACCAAAAUGGAUCAACUUUACAUUACUUUGGCGUCUGCAUUGAGGCCUCUGCAAGCAAAUCGUCUAUCUGCUGGCAGUGAGACUAUUGAAGAUAUAAGACGGCUCUGUGGUGUUUUUGAACAUGUCGAGAAGCUACUCACUAUUGCAGCUUCCCUUCAUCGCAAGUUCUUGCAAGCCCCACGCCUCUCUGAAGCCAUUUUCUCCGACUGCUGCAGCUUUUAUUUUCCUAGAAUGGCAACGAGCUCAUCAGGAGACAAUGCUCCAAAGGAGUUUGACAAGAAGCAACAAGUAAGGAUGCACGAAAGACCCAUCGUGUCGAAUAUGUUUACGCCUCCAACUGCUAAUCAGUCGUGGAGGAAAGUUUUAAGCCUGGGUAAUCUUCUCAACGGCCACGAACCAAUCUUGAGGGAGAUAAUAUUUUCCAAGCGGGAUAGAGUGAGCGGAAAUCACUACGCUGCCCACACAUCCAAAAUUACUCGAGAAGAAGUAGAAACAUAUAGAAUGUAUUCAUGUGGAACCUCGAACGAUCUUCGCGUAGCUCUUUCCGUCGUUUCGUGUGACUAGUAAUAUUCUCAGGAUAUUGUACAGAAUUUAAUAACAAUCAUUCUUUAUGAAAUUCUUUUUCCAGUAAUUUCUUCAUGUGGAUCGAAAUUGGAUAUCGAAUGGAAAUGGAACUAUUCGUCUUUUAA